UUGAUAUCAUAAAGAUAAUCUGUCAUGUCGUCGAUAAUUGAUGACAUUUUGCCAAAACAAGUGGACAUGAAGAGAGGUUGUUUUUCCUACGAAUGACUGUGGAGAGGUUGAACAACAGAUGACAUGAACAAGCGUACCUGCGAUGAGGAUUUGAGCCGGGGUCACGAGAGCGUUCCCAUCACAAUUGAACGUAAUGAUGGGAAGAAUGUUUAUCCCAACUUUCAGUACACGCCGGAGAAUAUAAAAGGACCGGGUUGCGACAACGACCCAAGCGAGGUGACCCUCCCGGGCUGCAGCUGUCGCUCCCUUUCCUGCCAGAGAGAGAGCUGCCUCUGCUUGCAGUCAUAUGGUGAGACCUACGACCGCGAGGGUAGACUGUUGAACCAGUGCGACGGAGCGACGGGCUAUAGCAGGCCUGUGUUUGAGUGUAACGUUCUCUGUGAAUGCAGUGAGGCCUGCCAGAAUCGUGUGGUGCAGAAAGGGGUGAAUGUUCCUCUGUGUGUGUUCUGGACCGAGGCCAGAGGCUGGGGAGUGAAGGUCCUGGAGCCAGUCCUGUGCGGGACGUUCGUCUGCGAGUACGCCGGGGAAGCGAUCGGGUUCGAGGAGGCUCGUCGCAGGCAGCUUUCCCAGACGGCUCAGGACAUGAACUACAUCAUCGCUGUGGGGGAGUAUGCGGGCGAGGGACAGGUCAGCCAGACGUUCGUUGACCCCGUUGCCGUGGGCAACGUGGGCCGUUUCAUCAACCACUCCUGCCAACCCAACCUGAUCAUGGUACCGGUUCGGGUGCACUCCGUGGUGCCCAGACUGGCUCUGUUUGCCAGGCGAGACAUUCUAGCCAAUGAAGAGCUUAGUUUUGAUUACUCAGGAGGACACAGCAGUUCUGAGGUGGAGAGACUGAAUUCGGUGCAAAGCAUGCCUGGAGCAAAGUCCCUGGGGAUGGAAUCCCUCCAGAGGAAACCCUGUCUCUGUGGAGCUCAGAACUGUGCUGGCUUCUUACCACUAGACAUCUCAGUUCUUCACCAUUAA